UGGCUAUUACCAUUAUUCAAAAUUGUAAAGAAAAGACAACUGCAAGAAUCAGAUUUAUUUACUACAUUACAUGAUGAUAAAAGUCGAGUAUUACUAAAUCUCUUUAAUAAGAAUUGGCAGGACAAGAACCUAAAGGCUAAUCAAAAAAUUAGUUUACUGAAAACUUUCUGUAGAUGUUUUGGCACUACUUAUAUGCUGAUUGGUAUUAUACUCUUUAUUAAUAUGGCUUUUACAAUCGUUCAACCUCUAUUUGUUGGCUUACUGAUUGCCUAUUUUAUUCCUGGCUCUAACAUAUCUCAGAAUCAAGCUUUCCUGUAUGCUGGCGGGCUAUCAUUGGCUACGCUAUCCAUUACAAAUAGCGAGCAAUGGUUUUUUUUCACCACUUCUCGGUAUGGCAUUAAAGCUGGCGUAUUGCUUUCAUCUGUGGUCUUUCAAAAAGCAUUGAAACUUAACGCUGGCGCUAUGUCAAAGACAAGCAUUGGUCAUGUUGUCAAUUUGUUGGCUAAUGAUGCUUUGCAACUCAAAGAAGCUUUCCAUUUCUUGCACAUGCUUUGGAUUUCACCUCUAUUAGUGAUUGCAUUGACGGUAUUGUUAUUUCAACAAGUGGGUGUCUCUUGCUUCGUUGGAUUAGGUGUUCAGAUAUUUAUGCUACUACAACAGGGAUUUAUCGCAAGCUAUUUAAUAAAGUUUAGGCAAAAUUAUUUAAAAUUCGCUGACGACCGUGUACGUAUAAUGAACGAAAUCAUUGCGAGCAUGAGAACUAUCAAGAUGUACGCAUGGGAAAAAUCGUUCGCUAAUAUGAUUAAACCAUUGCGAAGAAAUGAAACUAACAAGGUGUUUUCGGGGCAAGCAUUGAUUGCAUUAAAUCAAGCCAGCUAUUUACUCAUAAAUACGAUGACAUCAUUUACGACGAUUACUGUUUAUGUUCUUCUUGGCAAUUCGAUCAAUUCCGCCAAAGUUUUCACCGUUUAUUCAAUGCUAAAUGCACUUCAGAUACCGUUAUCUAUUGGUAUUCCUCAAGCAGUUCAGGCUAUCACAGAUUGUAUUGUUACGUUUAAAAGAAUUGAAGAGCAUCUGUUACUAGAUGAAUUAGACGAAAACAAAGGUUAUAAUAGAAUACCAACAUCCGAGAAUGGAGGCGAAGUUGUCGUAGAUAAUGUAUCAGCUGAAUGGAAUAACGGCUUUAAUUUACAGAAUAUCUCUUUUACUGUCGAUUGUGGUAAAUUAUGCGCAUUGGUUGGACCUGUUGGAUGUGGAAAGACUUCCAUAUUAAUGUCAUUACUAGGCGAGUUACCAUUAUCUACAGGAACAAUGAGGAUUAAAGGCAAAAUCGGGUAUGUUCCUCAGCAACCCUGGGUAUUCUCAGGUACCGUAAAAGAUAAUAUUCUAUUCGGUUCCGAAUAUAAAGAAGACAAAUAUAUAAAAGUCCUUGAAGCUUGCGCCCUGACUAAGGAUUUACAGUUAUUACCAUAUAACGAUUUAACAUACGUUGGAGAACGAGGAGUACGUUUAAGUGGAGGACAGAAGGCUCGUAUUAGUUUGGCUAGGGCUGCAUAUUGCGAUGCUGAUAUUUACAUAAUGGACGAUCCAUUAAGUGCUGUAGAUGUAGAAGUUGCCCAACAUUUAUUUGACAAGUGUAUUUGUGGGCUAUUAAAAGAUCGAAUUCGUAUAUUAGUAACUCAUCAAAUCCAAAUGCUAGACAAAGUCGAUUAUAUACUAGCUGUGCAAGGUGGUAAGGUAAAGCAUAGUGGCUCAUUGGCACAAUUAGUAGAGGAAGGUAUCGAUUUCACAGCAUUACUAAACACUGAUGACAAGGAAGAUCGUCCUGAAUUGAAAAAGGCUAAGUAUGAUAAUAAAGAAGAUACAACGUUAAGUGAAGAAAGAAGAGACGAAGGAAAAAUUAGUUACAAGACAUAUAUUACGUUCUUAAGCUCGGGAAAUGGUGUCAUUGUCUUCGCUUUAUUCCUAUUAAUAAGUUUGAUAAGUCAAGGAUCAAUUGUAGUAACAGAUUGGUGGUUAUCAAGAUGGUCAGAUAGCUUUACAAAUUCAAUGUCGAAUGGAAGUAACAGCAGUAAUAUACACGUACUUGAUCGAAGAUCAGCGUUUGGAUUAACGAAUAGGAUGACGAUAAUCAUUUAUAGUUGUCUUCUACUUGUUACAUGGAUAUUGACUGCAACUAGAUGUAUUGCGACUGUAAAAAUUGCGAUCGACUCAGCUAUCAAUUUUCACAAUCGAAUGUUAAAUUCAAUAUUGGCAGCACCUAUCUACUUUUUCGAUACUAAUCCAGUCGGUCGUGUAUUGAAUAGAUUUUCUAAAGAUCUAACUCAAGUAGAUGAUGAUCUUCCGUUUACAACAUCUCAAGUUGUACAGAUUGGAAUUUACUGUUGUGGAAUGAUAGUAGCAACAUCUAUAUUUAAUCCAUGGGUUCUAAUUCCUGCAAGUGCUGUUGUGAUAAUUUUUAUUUAUAUUCGUAAAGUUUAUUUAAAUUUAUCGAGAGAAAUUACACGUCUAGAAGCAACAGCCAGCAGUCCAAUCUAUGGUCAUAUAUCUUCUACCUUACAUGGAUUAACAAUUAUUCGAGCUUUCAAUGCACAAGAUCGGUUUAUGGAGCAGUUUAUGACAUACCAGGAUAAUCAUACAAGAGCAGCAGUUCUAAUUGCAGCGUUGGCACGAUGGUGUGGUUACCAUCUUGACGUUUUAAAUGGAUUAUUUUUGACGUGUGUAGCAUUUGCCGGAGUAUUCAGCGUUAACGAUGUUAGUGCUGGUAUAAUUGGUCUUUCUCUGAGUUACUCAAUCCUUUUAUUGGGAAAUACUCAAUGGUUUAUAAGACAGUCUGCGGAACUUGAAAAUCAGAUGACUUCAGUAGAAAGAAUAAAAGAAUAUACGGAGAUAAGUCCGGAAAUUAGCAAUGCAAAAAAUAAUUUACCAAAGGAUUGGCCUAAUGAUGGCAAAAUACGUCUUGAAAAUGUAUCAUUUCGUCAUCAUGAUAAUUUACCUUAUGUACUACAUAACAUAAACUGCGUUAUUGAAGGUGGUGAAAAGAUCGGGGUCGUUGGGCGAACUGGCGCUGGAAAAUCGUCAUUAGUAGCAACGUUAUUUCGUAUGGCAGAUGUUAAAGGAGAUAUUAAAAUAGAUGAAGUUUCAACUGCAGAUAUUAGAUUAGAUAUCCUUCGCAGUAAUAUAUCUGUAAUACCUCAGGACCCUUCGCUAUUUAUUGGCACUCUUCGUAGUAACCUUGAUCCAUUUAAUAUUUAUGAUGACAAACAAUUAUGGAACGCCUUACAAGAGGUACAACUAUCGGAAUACGUCUCCAACUUGUCUCGCAAAUUAGACGAUGAGGUAUCAGAAGCAGGAUCGAAUUUCAGCGUAGGACAAAAACAAUUGCUUUGUCUUGCCAGAGCAAUAUUAAAGAAGAAUAAAAUUUUGGUAAUAGAUGAGGCAACCGCAAACGUUGAUUUUAAUACGGAUCAAGUAAUACAGAAAUCUAUUAGAAGCAGAUUUCAUCAUUGUACUGUCAUCACGAUCGCUCAUCGACUCAAUACUGUAAUAGACUGUGAUCGGAUUAUGGUUUUUAAGGACGGUCGGUUAAUUGAAUUUGAUUCACCCUUCGCCCUACUACAAAAUAAAAAUUCUGAAUUUGCUAAUAUGGUUAGCAAGAGUGGUUGGAACGAAUAUGAAAGACUAUUCAGUAUAGCUCGAAAAGCUAAUGAAUUUAACUAUAAUAAAUCAAAUGGUACCAUACUAUCACGAAGUAUUGUUACAAAUAUCGACGAUGUUGAAACGAAAAUUUUAUCUCAUCGGUCUAAUCAACAUCGUUUUACAGAUGUUUAA